GCACUGCGAGCGCUGUGCCUAGCGAGGGGACAGUGGCUGGAGGCCGUCGGUGCCUCCCCCGGCAACCCGCACCUGUCCAGGCUCCCCCCAGGUGUGCGCCUUGCACACCCCAUCCUCGGUCUGAGGCUCCCUCCGAGCCCUCGUCUCCCCAAUCCGUACAACCGAGGGUGGGGGAAGCAAAGACAUCGGUGCGUCCGGCCCCCUCGACCCACGCAGCGGGCCUGGGGGCGGGAGGUGUGCGGAGGGCAACUCCAGGUGACUCAGGGGACAGAGUCCUAAGGCCACCUCCGCCCCAUCCCCUGGGUCCGCCUCAGGGACCCGCGGGAGGAAAAAAAUGCCUUCUCCUGCCCGAGGCGUCUCCCUCGAGCCCGCGCCGGCGCCAGGGCCGGCUCCACCGCCUCGCCCCAGGCAGUUCGGCCGGGGGGUCUGCGAAGGCCACGCCCGGGGAGGGGACACCGCCUCCCCCUCUCUCGAGCCGCCGGCCUGGCCACUUCCCCCGGUCAAGCAGAACCCGAGCGGCCGCGUACUUGGGGCCCAGGUGCCUUCUAGGCCCUCGGCUCCUGCUGUCCCGCAGCGGCCCUCGGAGCCCUCCCACCCGCCGCCCAGCCAGCGCCCGAGUUGGGAGAAGGAGCGGUCAGGCUGGGAGCUGGACUCGGACUGACCGCGACCCGCGGUAAAGGAGGAGUCGGCAGCUGGCGCCAGGGCGGCCGGAGGAUGCCGAGGGGCCGGAGCCGGGCGGGCCCGAGGCCGAGGCGCGCGCUGCCCCCCGCCCCUACCUCGUGAGCCCUGCCAGCCUCCCGACGCACGUCCCAGGGCCCGCCGCCCCCCGGCGCCCCCUGCGCUCUGCUCCCGCGUGCCUCCUGUCCCCACGGCGCUGCGCGUGGCCGCCACUGCCUCCACCCAGACCCUGAACCUCGGGCCAUGGAGGUGGCGCCGGAGCAGCCGCGCUGGAUGGCGCACCCCGCCGUGCUGAAUGCGCAGCACCCCGACUCGCACCACCCAGGCCUGGCGCACAACUACAUGGAGCCCGCGCAGCUGCUGCCCCCUGACGAGGUGGACGUCUUCUUCAACCACCUCGACUCGCAGGGCAACCCCUACUACGCCAACCCAGCCCACGCACGGGCGCGCGUCUCCUACAGUCCCGCGCACGCCAGGCUCACCGGAGGCCAGAUGUGCCGGCCACACUUGUUGCAUAGCCCGGGUUUGCCCUGGCUGGACGGGGGCAAAGCAGCCCUUUCUGCAGCCGCCGCGCACCACCACAACCCCUGGACCGUGAGCCCCUUCUCCAAGACACCGCUGCACCCCUCAGCUGCUGGAGGCCCCGGGGGCCCGCUCUCCGUGUACCCAGGGGCAGGGGGAGGGAGCGGGGGAGGCAGUGGGAGCUCCGUGGCCUCCCUCACCCCCACUGCGGCCCAUUCUGGCUCUCACCUCUUUGGCUUUCCGCCCACACCGCCCAAAGAAGUGUCUCCGGACCCCAGCACCACAGGGGCCGCCUCCCCGGCCUCCUCUUCUGCAGGGGGUAGCGCGGCCCGGGGGGAGGACAAGGACGGGGUCAAGUACCAGGUGUCGCUGACCGAGAGCAUGAAGAUGGAAGGUGGCAGUCCCCUGCGCCCGGGCCUGGCCACCAUGGGCACGCAGCCCGCCACACACCACCCCAUUCCCACCUACCCCUCCUACGUGCCGGCUGCCGCCCACGACUACGGCAGCGGCCUCUUCCACCCGGGGGGCUUCCUGGGCGGCCCGGCCUCCAGCUUCACCCCUAAGCAGCGCAGCAAAGCACGCUCCUGCUCAGAAGGCCGGGAGUGCGUCAACUGCGGGGCCACGGCCACCCCUCUCUGGCGGCGCGAUGGCACCGGCCACUACCUGUGCAACGCCUGUGGGCUCUACCACAAGAUGAACGGGCAGAACCGGCCGCUCAUCAAACCCAAGCGGAGACUGUCCGCUGCCAGGAGAGCAGGCACCUGCUGUGCGAACUGUCAGACGACAACUACCACCUUAUGGCGCCGAAACGCCAACGGAGACCCUGUUUGCAACGCCUGUGGCCUCUACUACAAGCUGCACAAUGUUAACAGGCCACUGACUAUGAAGAAGGAGGGGAUCCAGACCCGGAACCGGAAGAUGUCCAACAAAUCCAAGAAGAGCAAGAAAGGGGCAGAGUGCUUCGAGGAGCUGUCCAAGUGCAUGCAGGAGAAGUCGUCCCCCUUCAGCGCGGCGGCUCUGGCUGGACACAUGGCACCUGUGGGCCACCUCCCGCCCUUCAGCCACUCGGGACACAUCCUGCCCACCCCGACGCCCAUCCACCCCUCCUCCAGCCUCUCUUUUGGCCACCCUCACCCAUCCAGCAUGGUGACCGCCAUGGGCUAAGGACAGCCUCCCGCUGGACGACAGGGCGAUGCUGAGGAGGGCGGCUGGCGCACCGAGGCUGGACACUCCCAGGAUGGGUGGACCGACCCCUGGCUGCCCAGCCCUCCCUGCAGGUUGCUGCCGCUCCUGCCAGCCCAGCCAGAGCCUGGGCCCCUCUCCCUUGAGGGCCCCGCGUCGGCCUGGGGGCAGUUACUGUGAACGCUCUCAGCCGGGAUGAGAGGCCGCCCAUGUGCGCGGCUGCCGCCCAGCCAGGGUUUCCUUGCUGGACAACUCUGUGGAGAGCAAUUUAAAAGGACAACUUGGGGACAGAAAAGGAGGGGGCAGGGAACAGAUGAAGGAAAUCCUAUUUUGAAGGAAAAAGGAGUAGGCAAAAAUAAUUUAUUUUGCUCUUGUUUCUAACAAGGACUUGGAGACUCGGAGGUCUGAGCUGUCCCAAGCUCUCCCACUUCUCCCCUGGGCCCGUCCACCUGCCAGGGCCGUGGCGUGGGGUGGCGUGGGGCAGAGGCAGAUCUGCGGGACCCCAGCCUGCACCCCCUUCUCCUCCUCUGGCUGCCAUCUCCCAAACACCACGGAGGGGCCGGUGGCCGGGCCCUGGAGGCAGAGACAAUCGCGGGCGGUCCGGUCCGGCGCAGAUUCCCAGGCCAGGGCUGGGUCACAGGAAGGAAACAACAUUUUCUUGAAAGGGGAAAUGUCUCCAGAUCGCUCCCUUGGCUCGGACAAGGCCGAAGCUGGUGUGACCCGUGUCCCCUCCGCGGGCCCAGGUCACGGCCCGCCUUCUGCCAGGCAGACCCCCUGUAAAUACUGCCUUUUUCUGCAAAUCCCUCCACCCUUCCCCUCUCACUCUGAGACGAAAGAAAAAAAAAACAUUAAAAAAAAAAACUACAUAAGCUUAACUCGCUGAUGAGUUAGUCGUUUUAUUUUUUAAACUUUUUUAUUUUUUUGGGUCCAAUUGUACGGUGCUGCAGAAGUCGCGUUCUGGAAGGGAAUCAGACUGCAAACAGGUUGGCGCUUUUGCAGUUACGUUUGCAAAACGUGCUUGGAUCCCACGGCCCUAGCAGGGAAGCUGAGGGCCGGGGUCAGGCUGGGCGCCUGUCGGCUGGCUGGCGUUCUCCAAGGCCAGAAGUUGGGGUUACCUCUCGGCUGGGGUCCUGGGGGUCUGCUUCGCUGUGGCUCUCUGGAUCUUUCCCAAGGUACAGCUGUACAUAGACGAGUCCCGAGCUCCGGCUGUGUCCGCGGUGGUGGCGGGGUGCGGCGGCCCGGGACGAGGGCUGUGCAAUAGGGCAGGCUGCCGCUGCGGGAGCACCGUGGCCAGAGUAACUUAUUUUGUACUCGUAUCGCAGAAGCAGAGGAAUCGGCAGUAUUUUCUGUUUUUAUGUUUUAUUUGACCGGUUUUAUUUUGGAUUAGUGAACUAAGUUAUUGUUAAUUAUGUACAACAUUUAUAUAUUGUCUGUAAAGAUUGUAUGCUAUCCUCCUAUUCCUCUAAAGUGAAUACUGUUAAGAAUAAUAAAAUACUUUUUGUGAA